GCAGGGAUUCCCGCAGCUCCCAGCCUCCUGUCAAGGUCGAUGGAGAAAUAAUCAAGACGUUUGGUUGCCAGGUGAUGGAUGGAAGUAAAUUGAAGUCACCAAGGUACUCGCAUUGUCAAAAAACACAAGGACGAUCUCCGUUGCCCUGUGCACAUACAUCUCUGAGAUCAACGAGGCGAGUUCGUGAAUGUAAACAACAUAGCAAACGAGGAGCCCGUUUGUCAAAAGCUGGCAUGUCGGAUGGUCCAGGUCUCUACAUUUUCCCUUCCAUGUCUCUGCAUUCUCCUUCCAAACCUCAUAUCUGCCACCAUGUCAAAUAAUGAUGAUGGACGUGGUUCGUCGUUCAGUGAUUCAUUUCGCCAGCCUGCACGAGUACAGUGCACUACAAGAGGCAAAUAAGGUACUGUCCAAGUCAUCUGGCAGAAUGUCGUCUAUCAGCCCAGCAAUCGCGUCGUCACCUGCGACAUGGCCUCCAUUACUGUGUCAUCUGGGCCAAAUAGCAUUAACGAGAGAGACCGCGUCCAAAUCGUUCACAUACGAACAAUUGGGCGUGCCUUAGCUUCUUGAAUCCAAGCUGAAGUGUUAGGUCAUCUGAUGGCGGAGAAAGAUAGUGGCUGAGUCGAGGGAGAUACAACGAAUCUCAGGCGAGAGAGGCAGCAGCGAUAUGAUACGAUGGUUUGUCAUCGUUACAUGAAAUUGACUGGAGCGAGCGAGCCUCCUUAACCGAUGGCAAACCCAUGGAGAUACUAGUGGCGGAGAGUAGAUAGACAUUUCCAGAAGAUGGGACACUUCAGGACGCUAGUUGAAGCCACUAGGUGCGCGUACUUAGAGGGGCCGCGAAUUUUGGGUACAUCCAUCUCUGGUGUCAACGAGACCGUUCCGUGAAUGUAAAUCAACAUAGUAAACGAGAAACCCGUUUGUCAAAGGCUGGCACGUCGAAUGGUCCCCUCACGUCGGUUUCGCAGGCUCCUACCAACAUGGGACGCAUUUAUAGAUAUGUAGAAAAGGACAACCUUAAAAACGCACCUUUGCAGGUUCUUUAGUCAUCACCCCAACAUUCCGAAAAAUGGCGAGCCCAACCACCGUUUUAGCUGCCUGGCAAGCGAAAGACUCUGUUGUCGAAACAGCGACAACUAUUGUUAAGUCUCUUCUCUCGCCUGAAAACGUUAAAUCAACCGUAGGGCCAGUCGAAUGCAAGCUCGCACCAAUCUUCCCAGGUAAGGAGACCCUCAAGAAAGUUUCCGAUAACACGAAGGUCAUGGUCGCCGUCACAAACAAGGUGUUGCACGCCUCCCUUCCCGGCAAGACUAAGUUCCAAGACGUCCAGGGGAUCUUUAAUGCCAAUUUGCAGACCGUGUUGUCUCCGAAGGGUGCAGAGCAGCGCCAGAAGACCUUCGCGACGCAAGAUAAAGGUUUCUUUGAUUUCAAAACCUCGGAUGGGCCUUCGGAGGCGAGCGUGGCAUUGAUUCAAAAGUGGAUUUCCACGGAGCUACUCACCGACCCCCACGUCCUAAUCACCUCCGGCCUCGAUAACGCAAAGACCAUCCGUGGAUUGAUCACCAUAUCAAAGUCAAACUUCGACCUGUUCUCGAACAAGGUCCAACACGAGUCGUUGGUCGUUGACAUUGGUAUCUUGGAGUACCCGUCCACGAAGAACGAAACCAUCCGUAUCAGUAACAUCAAGAUCUACGUCUGGAUCAAGGAGGUCAAGGCCGGCUUUGGAGCCGUUCAUAAUUACGAAGUUGGCCUACGCGGAAGUUACUUCUGCCAGAGUUACGAGCCAAACACUGAGGGCAUCAAAGGUCUUAAGCCCAACACUGUCACGAACGCGCAUGCGGAAUAUGAAAAGUUUGUGUCUGAGGUUCAUGACUUCGUCAAGGACAGUCCCAAAGCCUAAUAUGAGCAACCUAUAAGAUGCCUGUGUUAUGAGAAAAAGGUUAAUUAGAUGUCUAACGGAAAUAUACAAUCCACAUUUGACCCACCG